AUGACGGCCCCACACCCGCGGGGCCUGUGGCCGGCGCGCUCGAACAGCUCCCGCCCUGACGAGCACGGCACCGCGGCGCUGGUCUUCCACAGCUGCGUCUUCCUCGUUGGCCUGGUGGUCAAUGUCACCGCGCUCUGGGUGUUCAGUUGUACCACCAAGAAACGAACCACGGUGACUGUGUACAUGAUGAACGUGGCACUCCUGGAUUUGAUGUUUAUCGUGAGCCUGCCCUUCCAAAUGUUUUACGAUGUGAAAGGUGAAUGGCCAUUUGGGGAGUACUUCUGCCACAUUCUUGGGGGUCUGGUGGUGUUUUACCCAGGCAGUGCUCUAUGGCUUCUUGCUUUUAUCAGCGUUGACAGAUACAUGGCCAUUGUGCAGCCAAAACACGCCAAGGAGCUGAGGAGCACCUGCAAAGCCGGACUCGCAUGUGUGGGCAUCUGGAUAAUGACCCUAGUGACGGCUGUUCCUGUGCUCCUCCUCUAUGAAGACCCAGACAAGGCCUCCUCCCCUGCCACCUGCCUCAAGAUUUCUGACAUUAUCCACUUAAAAACUGUCAAUGUGCUGAACUUCACACGACUGAUAUUUUUCUUCUUGACCCCUCUGUUCAUCAUGAUUGGGUGCUACCUGGUCAUUAUUCACAGUCUUCUCCAUGGGCAGACAUCUAAACUGAAACCCAAGGUCAAGGAGAAGUCCAUCCGGAUCAUCAUCACGCUCCUGGUGCAGGUGCUGGUCUGUUUUGUGCCCUUCCACGUCUGUCUUGCCUUCCUGAUGCUCCACGGGGGAGACAACAGCUACAACCCCUGGGGAGCCUUUGCCAUCUUCCUCAUGAACCUCAGCACGUGUCUGGAUGUGAUUCUCUACUACAUGGUUUCCAAACAGUUCCAGGCUCGAGUCAUCAGCGUCAUGUUGUACCGCAAUUACCUUCGAAGUGUGCGCAGGAAGAGCUGCCGCUCAGGUAGCGUGCGGUCGCUAAGCAACAUGAACAGUGAGAUGAUAUGA